UAGAAGUGCGACGUUUCCGAACGCCGCACGAACGCGUUCCGAAAUUAUUUUACGUGAUACGCUUAAUAAAGAUUUACAUUUUUAUAUAAAAUAAUAAAUAAAAAAUACAACAAAGUUAUAUAAGUUAGUAGUGUAUCGGGUUUUAAUUUAAUUUUUCUCAUAAUGUUUGGUCGCCUGAAUUUAUUUCUGAUUGGACUUUUAUGCCGAAUUGCAUCCGUGUCCCCGAUCGAUGAUAUAGAAGCGGACGACGAGGUGCUGCAUUUGAUCGGCGAACCGGAUUUCCGCGACGUGCGGCUGCGCUGGGAGUACGGAAGCGAGGAACAGAGGCAGCUGCUCGCCUUCCAGGUGCACUACUGCGAGCUGCAGGCCUGGGGACAGUACAGGUGUCGAACCAAAGUAGUAGAAAAUCAUGAAAGCGAAAAGGCGUUACGCAGCCGUGCUGGCGACAUAUCGACGACCACGCCGAGCGGUCGUCGCGGCCGCGCGUACAGCACACACAUCUCCGGCCUGCGCAUGGCCACCACAUAUUCCUUCGAGGUCCGCCCCGUGAGGCGAGACGCACGCGACCUAGCGGACCCACAAUCUAUCGGGUCCAAGAUCAUCAUUGUACCUACUAAAGGAUUUUCAGCCCGUGCGACUCAAUGUCUGCCACACGCCAGCGAAGUAGAAGUAUCGACGGGACCGUAUUUCGGUGGGCGCAUAGCUGUAGAGGCGGCGGAUGGUGGGCCCGAGCGCUGUGCGUUACAAGGAAACCCGCGCAGUGCGCAGGACGCCUACAUCCUCAGGAUACACCACCGGGAGUGCGGCUCCGAGGUCAACGACACCACCGUCGCUACCUACGUCAUCGUGCAAGAGAACCUUCCUAUAUUGACGCAUAGCACACGCCGAUUUUUGGUUUUAUGUACGUACAAACCAGAAACUCUGACGGUCCGAGCUGGUAUUAAUUUGCCGAAAGCCGAUCCUGGAGACGUGCUGCAUCAGACCAAGCCGAUUGGCUCUGUGGAACCGUAUGACAACCAGGACAUGGACUACAAUGAUCUACAACCGGCCAGGCUUGAAGCGCGCAAGGAGGAAAGUCAACAAAGUGCAUUUGGCGAAGUCUUAUUAGUGAUAUUCUUAGUAGUCGCUGCGUUUGGUGGUAUUGCGCUACUCGUAUGGAAGAUGGUACCACAGACGGACAAAGACAAUGUAUCUAUAACAACAAUGUCAUCAAUGCGGAGUAGUAUAUUCGGAAGUCGAAACAGGGAUAGGUUUUCAGACAGAAGUUCCGUAUACUCAAUAACGUUAUCAGAAAAAGAAGGAACGAAGAAAAGUAAUGAAGGAGACAAUACAUCUGAAGCGUGAAUUUACUGAAUAAGGCUUAUUUAUAACUUGCACGUGUUGUGUAGUAUUAUAUUGUGAUGUAAAUUGGUCAAAGUAGCUUACGUAAAUACAUAUAGAACUGUGGGUCUUGCAUGAAUAUUUGUGUCAAGCAACAUCGUAACGUAAACGACAAAAUUGGUAUUAAUUUGUGCAGCGCCCUUUAUCGGGCGCACGUACACAAAAAAUCUCAUUAUAAUAUUGACAUUUGAUAACAGUUCGAAGGCGUUUGUCACAAAUAUUCACGCAGGCCCACUGGUAAUGUUGAGGCUACGACACUAGAAGUCCACUUUGAUCCUGUUGUCUACAAAAGCUAUUUAGGAUCGAAGUGUCAUAGAGUUUAGCAGACAAAUUGACAAGAAAAAUAUGCAAAUUUAUUAUUAUUUUUAUUUAAACGUAUUCCUAGGAUGUUUCCUAAAAUAUUUAGUUCUAUUCGAAUUUACGUAAAAAUUAGGGAUAAUAUUUUGUGUGCUAAUUUGACUGGACUAAUGGUAGGUAUUUUGUAUUAAUAAAGCAAAAAGUUGCGAAUGUACAAAGAGUAUAAGAAAGAAAGACAGUGGAGUGUUUUGGUCUCAAAUGAAUUUUAUUCUCGGUUUUAGUUGGACACUUGCACUGCGAUGCUAUGAUGGCCAUACAAAGAUAGCAUAUUUUAAUCGUAUAUUUUAAAUUAUAUUCUAGGAUAAGAAAAAAAAUGAGUGAAAAAUAAA